AUGGCCGAACUCAAAGACGCAUCUAUCCUGAUUGUCGGGGCCGGCACCUUUGGUCUAUCUACCGCCCUUGACCUCUCCCUCAAUGGCUACCGCAACAUCACUGUCCUCGACAGGGGUAACGAUAUACCCUCGCCGUACUCGGCUGGGUGUGAUCUCAACAAGACUAUCCGCGCCGAGUAUGAAGACGACUUCUACACUAGUCUUGCCCUAGAGGCUAUCGCAGCCUGGAAAACACCAUUCUUUGCCCCGUUCUACGCCGAGCGAGGGCUCGUCGUCGUCAAUUCACCCACCGGGCCGAGCAAGUCAGAAAACUCGGUCAACAAGGCUCUUCUGACGCUGAAAGGCCGCAUGGAAUACCCUUCCGGCACGCUGAAACAAAUCAAGUCGGGGCACGAUGUGCGAUCUAUUGUACCCCAAUUGACAGGACCCAUGGAGGGAUGGCACGGCUACUUCAACAAGCACGGGGGAUACGCUUGCGCUGGAAGGGCUAUGGCCAAGAUCUACGCGACCUGCAAGGAACGCGGCGUGCGCUUCGUCCUCGGAGAGCAAGAUGGAAACGCAGUGUCCUUGCUCUUUCACGGGAAGCGGUGCAAAGGCGUCAAGACAAAGUCUGGCCGUGAGCACCUCGCCGCCCACACAAUCGUGUCCCUGGGCGCCCACGUCGGCCGUCUCAUACCCUCCAUCACGCCCCAGAUCACCGCCAAGGCAUGGGCUGUCGCUCAUAUUCAGCUCACGCCCGAGCAGGCGAGGGGUUUAGCUGGCAUCCCCGUCGUCAACUGUCGCGACCUCGGCUUCUUCUUCGAGCCAGAUGCCGAGACGGGGCUGCUGAAACUCUGCGCCCACAGAGCAGGCCUCACCAACUUCGAAGUCUCGGACCACGGCCGUGCAAGUCUCCCCGCCACCAGCCGUCGAGAUGAAAGCACGGCCACCUACGUCCCUGGUGGGCAGAUCCCUAAGGAGGACGAGGACAAUAUAGCCGCGCUGAUCGCUGCGACGAUACCCCAGUUCUCCUCAUCGCCUCUGAUACGAAAGUUCAUCUGCUGGUGCGGCGACACGACAGACUCCAACUUUAUCAUCGACUAUGUCCCAGAUACUGAGGACAGGUCGCUGAUGGUGUUUUCUGGUGAUAGUGGCCAUGCGUUCAAGAUGCUGCCCAUUGCUGGGCGCUGGGCGAGGGAGGUCUUGGAGCAGGGGGAGCAGAAGCUGGGGAGGUGGAGGUGGAAGGGGAGUCCUGAGGGAAAGGCCGACGACAUCAGCUGGAGGUUUGGAGACUUGCAGGAUGUAAACGAUGUGCCGGCUUGGGCUGGCGAAGGGGAGUGCAGGACGGAGCAACUUGGAGGCCAUAAGCUCAAGUCGAAGCUGUGA